AGACCUGAAAUUUCACAACCUGUGUUGCUCAGUUCACUCUCUCCCAUAUUACCAGAGACCAGAGUUUGCCAUUUGCCAAACUGGGUGAAGAAGAACACCACAAACCACACCACUCUUUCCCUCCAACUACUCACUUCAUGUCAUAAACAUGUUAAGUUACCACCGGCCACUGCAUUUUUGUUUUCUCCUCACAUUUUUCUCACUUCACUCUUCCACCUCCUUUUCCCUCUCACCUCUGCAGACACAACUCACUUCAGCAGGAAAUGAGGGAAAAGCUUUGAGUUUUUCUAGGUUGGAGGUAUUUGCUGCUGAACCUUUUGAGAACUCACCACUUCCCUUAGCUGCAGAGAGAACAAGAAGAAAAGAUCCUCUAAACAGCUUCAAUCAGUACUUAAGUGGAUGGAAUAUCAGUGACCACCAUUAUUGGGCUUCAGCGGCAUAUACUGCAGUUCCUGUGUUCAUUAUUGCUGCAAUCUGGUUCUUGGGCUUUGGCUUGUGCUUAUUGGUCCUCCUUGUUUGUUACUUCUGUCGUAAUCGAGAGCCUUACGGUUACUCUCCAACAUGCUACGCUCUUUCCCUGAUUCUCCUCAUAUUGUUCACAUUUCUAGCAAUGAUUGGAUGUGCAAUUCUUUAUAUUGGGCAAGGAAGUUUUCACCACAGCACGACACUGACAUCGCAAUAUGUUGUGCAUCAAGCUGAUUCUGCUGUGGAUAAACUGAAGAAUGUGUCUGAUUAUCUUGCUCAAGCUAAGCAAGUUGGAAUUGAUCGUGUUUUUCUCCCUUCUAAUGUGCAAACUGAUAUUGAUGAAGUAGAAACAAAUAUCAAUACCUCUGCGGGCACAAUUGCGGAUAAGACCAAGGAGAACUCAGACAACAUACAAGAUCUCUUAGAUUCUGUGAGGCUGGCGCUUAUCACAAUAGCUGCAGUUAUGCUAGUCUUGACAUUUCUUGGGUUUUUAUUCUCAAUUUUUGGGAUGCAGAUUCUUGUGUAUAUCUUGGUAUUCGCGGGAUGGUUUCUUGUUACUGGCACCCUUAUAUUGUGUGGCUGCUUCCUUAUUCUCCAUAAUGUAACAGCAGACACUUGUGUAGCCAUGGAUGAGUGGAUUCAGUAUCCUGCUGCAAAUACUGCUCUGGAUGAUAUUCUGCCCUGUGUGGACAAUGCCACUGCACAAGAAACAUUUCUACGAAGCAAAGAAGUAACUUCUGAACUAGUGAAUUUAGUGAACCAGGUUAUAACCAAUGUCUCCAACAUAAAUUUCGCCCCCAAUUUCACGCCACUGUUCUACAAUCAAUCCGGCCCUGUCAUGCCGCUCCUCUGCAAUCCGUUUCAUCCUGACAUGACAGAUAGACUAUGUGACCCUGGUGAAGUGACCCUAAGCAAUGCAACACAGGUGUAUGGCAACUUUGUGUGCCAAGUUUCACCCUCAGAUAUUUGCACAACACAAGGGCGUUUGACACCAACCUUCUAUAAUCAGAUAUCCACAGGAAUAAACGUGGGAAACGCCUUGUAUAGUUAUGCUCCUUCUUUGGUUGAGUUACAAGACUGCACCUUUGUUCGUGAAACUUUCAGUGACAUUUCAAGGGAGCAUUGUCCUGGUCUACGACGUUAUAGUAAAUGGAUCUAUGCUGGAUUGGUGAUGGUUUCCUUUGCUGUGAUGUUCUCCUUGAUCUUCUGGGUUGUGUAUGGAAGAGAACGAAGAUAUCGUCUAUAUACAAAAGAAACAAAAGAGUUAACACCAGUACCAGGACGAGCACCAUCAACUUCACGAGCAUUAGUACUAAAUCCAUGAAGGAGACAAGUAGAAUUAAAUUAAGCGAACUUGUUGAUGUUGUUACUGGAAGUAGGGUGGAUAAUGUGGUAGCUCUUUUCAGUGUUGGGUGUAUAAUGUGGUAGAUUCUUUGUUAUGACACUAGUACAAUUUUUUAAUGGAAUGUCAUUAUUUUGAAAAA